AUGGUCAACAUCAGAGCUCUGGCCACCAUGGCAGUCUUCCUCCUGGUGGCGCUAUCCACGUCCCACAUUGCCUCCUCCCUUCGCCCCGGUCUCGGCGUCUGCCGUGCCAGUGGCUAUCUCCCGGGCAAGGCAGGUCACUGCGAGAAGAGCAAUGAUCCAGACUGCUGUGAGGAUGGUAAGAGGUACCCGCAGUAUCACUGCUCGCCACCGGUCACCGCGACCACCAAGGCCGUCCUGACGCUGAACAGCUUCGAGAAAGGUAAGGAUGGUGGUGGUCCGUCGGAGUGUGAUAACUCCUACCACAGUGACAAAGAACUGGUCGUUGCGCUAUCCACCGGUUGGUUCGAGAACAUGGCACGCUGCGGCCACCAAAUCAAGAUUACCGCCCAUGGCAAGUCUGUUUAUGCUAAGGUGGUGGAUGAGUGUGACUCCGUGUAUGGGUGUGACAACGAGCACAACUAUGAGCCACCAUGUGCCAACAACAUCGUCGACGCCUCGCCAGCGGUGUGGAAUGCCCUCGGGCUCGACCAGAAUGUCGGUAUGGAGGAUAUCACCUGGUCGCAAGCAUGCCGUGCCAGUGGUUACCUCCCGGGCAAGGCCGGCCAUUGCGAGAAGAGCAAUGAUCCAGACUGCUGCGAGGAUGGUAAGAGGUACCCGCAGUACCACUGUUCACCACCAGUCACUGCGACCACCAAGGCCGUGCUAACGCUCAACAGUUUCGAGAAGGGCAAGGAUGGUGGUGGUCCAUCAGAGUGUGACAACUCCUACCACAGCGACAAAGAGCUCGUCGUCGCACUUUCCACCGGUUGGUUCGAGAACAUGGCACGGUGCGGCCACCGCAUCAAAAUCACUGCCAACGGCAAGUCUGUGUAUGCUAAAGUCGUGGAUGAGUGUGACUCCGUGUACGGAUGUGACGACGAGCACAACUACGAGCCGCCAUGCGCCAACAAUAUCGUGGAUGCCUCGCCAGCCGUGUGGAACGCCCUAGGGCUCGACCAAAAUGUCGGCAUGGAGGAUAUCACCUGGUCACAGGCGUAA